CGGAGCACCCGGAGGAAACCCACGCGGACACGGGGAGAACAUGCAAACUCCGCACAGAAAGGCCCUCGCCGGCCACGGGGCUCGAACCCAGGACCUUCUUGCUGUGAGGCGACAGCGCUAACCACUACACCACCGUGCCGCCCCACAUGUGUAUUUAUUUUCUCUAAUUUUUUUACACAAAGCACUUGUCACUGUGUGCAUUGUUGCCACAUUGUGAGAUGUUUGUUUAUAGGUGUGUAACUUGUUUACAUUGAAAUGUUGCACCUUUGUUACCGACCUCUAGUGUUCAAGACACGAUGCUCAGGCUGAAAUAUUGUACCUUUGUUGUUACUAUUCUGUGCUACUUUUACCUCUGGAGUUCCCAUCCAACGAUUCAGCCAGACUUUUUUUUUGGUCCAUGUCUAAAUACACUGACAUGAUUUUGUUAUGUUUUUUUUUUGUGCCAGUCUUUUACAUAUUUGAAAAGAAACUAUUGUACUGUCACUUUCAUAGACUUGGCUUCUUUAUUAUAUAAAAUAUCUACAACAAAUAUUAACCAUAGAAUCAAAUCGUAUCGUUCUUACACUGUAUGGAAUCAGUUCGUAUCGAAUCGGUCUGUAAUAAAAGGAUAUCGUUUUUGAAUCGAAUCGUAACCUGUGUAUCGCGAUGCAUAUUGAAUCGUUUAUCACAGAGAGAUGUGCAACCCUACUGUUCCACAUUUCCCACAAUCACAGCUGAAGUAUAUCAGGACUCUCAGAACACGUGUGGUGUGAAGUAAACGCUCAGUGUUCCAGGGCUUUACCCAAAGCACGGAUACGCGGCACUCCGCCACACUGUGUGAUGUCAGCACCACGCUGUCAGUUGCAAUCAAUCAAUAAUGAACAAUGCAGAAUACUUUCUGCACCUAAAUAUCUCCUAUUCCCUUCUGAAAAUGAGUAAUAAGUAUAGAAAGAGGAAGAUAUUGUAGGGUCAUUCCAUGUCAAAUCUCCGAAUGCUCCCACUCGACCAUCUCAGAUUUGGCUGAAAAAAUUCCAGGAGGUUCAAACACUUCCCAGUAGUUAAAGUCCCAAAUUUUAGCUCCCAACUCCUUAUAGUUUUGUCAUUUAAAAAAAAUGUUUGCAACUAACCUCGGACCCGUUUUGAGCAGAGUUUUUUGGGGAGCCACUUUGAGAUUGCUGUAUCUAGAAAAGUAUUUAAGCUAGGUCCUUCAAAUUUUCAAGGGUCAAAAUCUGGCACCAGUUCUUGUAGAAUAUGGACUUUUACAUGUGUGCUUUUGGUUUAUCAUAGAAUUCCGGGGGCUUGAAUUUGCUCGGAAAUUCUACACUACGCUCUGUGGCAGCAUAUUUGAAGGACUGUGGAAAGUGCAAUUUCAAAGACAGACGCUUGAUAUUGCACAUACACCUUCCCAUAUAUACUGUGUACUUUGUGUUCUAAAAUUGCCCCUCUGCGAUGAGCGGUUUGGAAGAUAUUAAAGUUUAAAAAUAGAAAAAAAUAACUUGGUGACAUUUUGGCAUGUUAUAGCAAAAAAAUGACAGCAUCCACCAACACAAAAUUGACUGUUUUAGAAAGAUUAGAUGUCUGUUUUUAACAUUUCCAAAAUUUGUGAUGGUGUUCUGCCUUAUUUUUGCAAAAUGAUUUUUUGAAAAUGUGGCGUUCGCAUACACGCACAGCAUUCAUGGCCUAUGAAAGCAUUUUCAAAUGCUAACAAAAUACCCUGAAUUUAUGAGACACAGCUUAAACUCAACAAAAAUGCUUCAUUUGGUUCAUGGUAAACUAUACCUGAAGGAUAACCUAUAUGCAACCUUUAGAUACUGAAAUAUUGGAGCUCCAAUACGGGUGAAAACUGAAACUGGUUUUCAUUACAACAUUUCUGUUGUACCAUAAUUUAGAAGAAAAAGCAACCUGUACGCUUCAGUUUUCAUAGGCCAUGAGUGCUGUGUGUUUAUGCGAACAAGACGUUCCCCACCCCUGGCCUAUAUUGUUCAAUAUUAUGCAUUUUUUGUUGUGCAAUGAAAUUAAUUAUUAUACAUACAUUAUGGACCACUUUUUCCAUGGAAUAAAAACAUGUAUUCUAUUCCGUUCUAGUGGGCUUAUUGAUGGCAUGCAAUACUGUUAUCAUAUCGCUUAUCCUACAUGUAUUACGUCACUCUCCCCAAUGGGGAAUGAGCGUGCAAUAUUGCAGGUUUCUUUUUUAUCAGACAUCUAGUUUUUGGGUUUGUUUACCUGACAUGUUUCGACAUGUUGCAACUAUAUUUAAUAUAAGACAUAAUGAACGUAAUCGAAAGAAAAAAAAAUAUUGCAGGUUGUCGAGACAACAUGACAUCAUACGUCGGAGCUCAUGCGAAGAUCCAAGAACAAAACUUUUCUGCUGCGCAUACACAGAAUCAUUGUAUGCGCAGCCACUGGGGGUACAUGAGUGUACUCCUGGCGCCGGUCCCAAGCCCGGAUAAAUAGAGACGGUUGCGUCAGGAAGGGCGUCCAGCGUAAAACUGUGCCAAAUCUAACAUGCGGAUUGAGAAGAGAAAUGCCAUACCGGAUCGGUCGGGGCCCGGUUUAACAACAUCUGCCUCCGGUACUGUUGGUCAACAGGGUGCCGGUGGAAAGUAUGCUACUGUUGCAUCAAAACGGAGAAGGAGAAAAAGAGGGGGGAGGUGUGUUAGGAGAGAGUGUGAAAGAUGGAAGGGAAGGAGCUUAGAAUUGAGGGUAGGAACUAGGGAUGGGGCCGAUCCAGUAUCGGUAUCGGGUUCCGAUAUCAACGUUAUUCACGGAUCGGAAAUUUCCGAUCCAACCUGCAAAGAUUUCCGAUCCAUGAGACAUGUCUGUACACAUACUGUCUGCUGGAAUGACUCCACAAGUGAUUCCAUGGUGGCUGCACUGCUACCUGAUUGCAAAAUGUGGAAUGGAUUUCCUGCACAGAGGCGAAUCUCAAUGAGACACACAGUAAUGAGGAGACACGCUUCCGUUCAGGAAAUCCAUCCCACAGUUUGUAGCGAGCUAGCAGGUGAGCGUGGAUGGAGCAGCAAGCUAACCAAUUUUUCACCACAACAUGUCAGCUGUGUGGAAAUACUUUUUACUUGAAACACCGCAAAGCAAGACAGCAACGUGCAAUGUUUGCAAAGCCGUUGUACCGAGAGGCGGAAGCUCCGUUGCGACAUACAAUACCACAAACUUAAUAAAGCAUCUGAAAAAGCACCACCCUAAAGAGCACGAUGACUUCGUAGCCAUGGGGCCGAAACACCAAAGUAGCCGGCAGCAAUCACUUGAGCAGUCAUUUCAAACAGGUAAACUUUCACCAGACAAUGCUAAAGCUAAAGGGAUCACUGAGAAGUUGCUUAACUUCAUCGUACUCGAUGACCAACCAUUGUCAGUUGUCGAAAACGAAGGAUUUCGCAGCCUGAUCGAGCACUUACAGCCGAGAUACAGUUUACCAUCCAGGAGAUAUUUAUCAGAGACGGCGCUACCUGAACUAUACAACCGAGUGUCAACCAAGUUAGCUGAGAAGUUAAAAAGAGUUCCAGCUCUGAGCUUUACUACAGAUAUUUGGACUUCAGAUGUCUGCCCAAUGUCACUGAUAAGCCUUACUGUGCACUGGAUUGACCACGAUACACACGAGCUCUGUUGUGCGGUGCUCCAGGUAAAAAAGUGCAGAGGCUCACACAACCGAGCUACAAUCGCAGCAUCCAUUACAGAGAUGUUAAAUCACUGGGAGAUCCCGCUAGAAAAAGUGCAUGUAAUUCUACGGGACAAUGCAAGCAACAUGAAGGCUGCGAUGGAAGACAUGGCAGUUUCUAGUCUGGGCUGUUUUGCUCACACGCUGCAGCUCAUUGUGCACGAGGGGCUACUAUCACAACGCAGCGUUAGUGAUGCUUUAGCAAACAGCAGGAAGAUCGUCGCACACUUCAAGCACUCACAACUCGCACAGUCUCGCUUGGAAGACCUGCAACGUGAGAUGCAAGGUGGGGGAACUACAAUUACACCAACUCGACUUGUUCAGGAUGUUCAAACAAGAUGGAACAGUUCCUUUUAUAUGAUCAAGAGCCUUCUGAAAGAGAAGCGACCCCUCUGUGCAUAUGCUGCCGACCACAAUUUACCUGCAACAUUGUCAGCCAACGAGUGGGGUUUGCUGGAGAAAACAGUGACUGUGUUGGAACCCUUUGAGGAGUUAACCAGGAAAAUCAGCUCAGCGACCUCUACUGCUGCCGACGUAAUUCCAGCUGUGACCAUUUUACAACGCCUGCUUGCCAUGGAGAACAGUGCCGACAGCGGCAUCAAAACAAUGAAAAGCACACUCCUCCAAGCUGUCAACAGGCGUUUCAGAGAAGUCGAAAGUGAACCACUCUACGCUGUUGCCACUUUAGUGGACGCUCGAUACAAGGACAGAUUCUUUACUAGUGGAGAAACUGCCAGGAGGGGGAAGGCCCUCUUGACACAAGAGCUUGAGAAGAUGGAGCAAGCACUGCUCAGGGCCUCAGCUGAUGAAGCAGGGACAACAGAGGCUGAGCCAGCAGAAAAGGUUGCUUGCAUGGAAGCUGGGCCAAGUACUGGUGGUGGUACUCCAAGCACAAUGAAAACCAGCUUCAGCAGUCUGUACAACAGAAUUCUGGAGGAGCAUGAUGAACCUGCAGGAGGUACCCAGGCAGUGGUUAUCCAGAUGCAGAUGUACUUGAAAGAACCAACAAUAAGUGAGAAAGACAGCCCUUUCCAGUACUGGGCAAACAACCAUGCUCGCUUUCCUCUUCUUGGUGCUGUUGCGGCAAAGUUCCUGAGUGCCCCUUCAACCAGUGUUGAAAGCGAAAGACUGUUCAGCACAGCAUCCAAUAUUGUGGAUGAAAAGAGGAAUCGCCUGACAGCAGAGAGAGCAGAAAUGCUCAUAUUCCUUAAAAAGAACCUGCCAAUGUUUAAGUGAGAUUUUUUGAAUGCUCUAGAUCAAUCCCUGCCUCAGUGUUAACUUUUUGAGGAGUCAUUUACUGUUUAUUUUCUUUUGAAGAAUAGUUAGACUCUGGUGCAAGUUUAAUCCAGGUCACAUUCUAAGUCAAACCUCCAUUUGUGCUGUUCAGAUGUACACUGUUUUAUUGAUGGUGGGUGUGAAACUUACAUUGCACUUUAUAUUGCACUUUGAUUUCAAGUAUUUGACAACCUUGAAUUGUGGCUGCUGCUUGAGCAUGAAUGUUUUAUUGCUGCUGUGAAUGAUCACAUUUAAGGCCAUUUUAUAUGUGAAAACUUUUUUUGCUUUAUUGUGGCUACACUUGUUGUGGCCUAUACUUAAUUUGUGAAGAAGUGAAAGCAGCCCUUCUGUCUUGAGUUUAAUAAAUGACAGUCAGUUUAAAAUCCUUACAGUUGCAUAUUUGUUUUCAGGAUGGGAUUGUUACUGUUAGUAGGAUUUCCUGUUUUCUGACCUUAUACUUACCUCAAGUUGCCUUUUGGUACACACAUGCAUCCAUUUGUUCAUAUCAUAGUUGCCUGUAGAGAUGAGUUUUUACCAAUAAUGAUGAUAAUAUUGAAAUAUUUUUGGUAUCGGAAUAGUAUCGGUAUCGGCAGAUAUUCAAAUUCAGGUAUCGGGAUCGGAUCGGAAGUGAAAAAAUAUGGAUCGGUGCAUCCCUAGUAGGAACACUGAAUGUGGGAACAUUGAUGGCGGCACGGUGGUGUAGUGGUUAGCACGGUUGCCUCACAGCAAGAAGGUUCCGGGUUCGAACCCAGCGACCUGCGAGGGCCUUUCUGUGUGGAGUUUGCAUGUUUUCCCUGUGUCUGCCCGGGUUUCCUCCAGGUGCUCUGGUUUCCCCCACAAUCCAAAGACAUGCAGUUAGGUUGACGUGGGGCGGCCUUGGGCUGAGGUGCCCUUGAGAAAGUUACAGAAUCCCUGACGGCGCUCUUGGCUGCCCACUGCUCUGGGUGUGUGCACGUGUGUUCACUGCUUCAGAUGGGUUAAAUGCAGAGGAUGAAUUUCACUGUGCUUGAAGUGUGCAUGUGAUGAAUAUGUGACAAAUAAAGGAAUGGUAGAGCGACAGAGUUAGCAGGUAUAAUGGAAAGGAGGAAGUUGGACAUUUUGUGUGUGCAGGAGACGAGGUGGAAGGGAAGCAAGGCCAAGAACAUUGGAGGUGGAUGCAAGUUGUUUUAUUCUGGAGUCGAUGGAAAGAGAAAUGGUGUUGGUAUUGUUUUGAGGGGAGAGUUGGUCAACAGUGUGAUUGACGUGAAGAGGAUGUCAGAUAGAGUGAUAGGCAUGAAGUUGGAGAUUCAAGGAGUGGUAAUCAAUGUUGUGUGUGCGUACGCCCCACAGGUUGAAUGUGAGAAUGAAGAGAACGAGUUUUUCUGGAAAAAAAUGGAUGAAGUGGUAGAAAGUAUAUCGAGGGAGGCGCGCAUGCUGAUAGGAACAGAUUUCAAUGGACAUGUUGGUGAGGGAAACAGAGGAGAUGAGGACGUGAUGGGCAGAUAUGGUGUAAGAGAGAGAAAUGUGGAAGGGCAAAUGGUGGUUGAUUUUUCAAAGAGGAUGAAUUUGGCAAUAGUCAAUACAUACUUUGAGAAGAAAGAGGAGCACAGAUUGACGUUGAAGAGUGGAGGAAGAUUUACACAGGUGGACUACUGUACAUACUCUGCAGAAGGGGUAACCUGAAGGAGAUUGGAGACUGUAAAGUGAUGGCAAGGGAGAGUGUAGCUAGACAACAUCGAGUGGUCGUGUGCAGGAUGAGCUUGAAAGAGAAAAAGAGGAAGCGUGAAAUAGUGGAGCUGAAGAUUAAGUGGUGGAAACUAAAAGAGGUUGAACACAGGGGCGUAGCCAUCAUUUUAGAAGUGAGGGGGACAAAUUGUUCAGAGGUCUAUUGAGUGAUUUAUCAUCCUCUCACAUUCAAUUGCACCUCUCCUUAGCAGCUAAAGAACCACAUAACCACAAACAGCACAGCACCAGGGAACCGACUUUAGUUCUUUAAAAUGAUAUACUAUCAAAAUCUAAAGUCAAAAUCUAUAAACCUAUAAAGUAAAAUUUAUAAAUAGGAUUAAGAAUAGUAGUAGUGACAUAGCUAGUUAUUCUCUUCUCACCUGUGACCCUGCAUAAUCAUCCCUGUUGGCCUCUGGUCCACUGUCUCCUCUCUCACCCUGCUCUUUCUAUUGUGGCAAUAAAGAUUAAAAAACAUGUGGAAAGCAACAUUUUGAAAUAGAAUUAGGAAUACAGUAAUAAUAAUCAGCAAAUUCAUGUACUUUAAACUUUAA